ACGCAUACUUAUAUUAAUCAUUUUUUUCAUUCUUUCAAAAAAAAAAAAGUUGAUGAACUAUGUCUAAAAAUUUCAGUAUUGAAGAAGUCGCUAAACAUUCAGUCGACAAGGAUUGUUGGAUUAUUAUUCAUGGCAAAGUGUAUGAUGUGACCAACUUCUUGGAUGACCAUCCAGGAGGUAAAAAGGUGCUUUUAAAAGCGGCAGGAACGGAUGCAUCUAAGCAGUUUGAUGCAUUCCAUAAUCCAAGUGUUUUAAAAAAAUUGGCUGUCAAAUACGAGAUUGGUCUAAUUGGAAAUGACGAUUCUGCACAAGAAGAAGAAUUGGGAGAGGAAGAUUUGGACAACACGACGAAUUCAAAUCCAUUGAUUGUUGGGGAGCCAUUUGGAGAUAUGGUUCCAUUUGGGGAUCCCAUGUGGUAUCAAGACUGGUAUAGCCCUUAUUACAAUGACUCUCAUCGAAAGCUUCGUAAAUUUGUACGUGAUUUCGUAGAAAAAGAGAUCAUGUCAUUUUGUCAUGAAUGGGAUGAGGCCAAAGCAAUUCCCAAAGAAAUGUUUGUCAAGACAGCUAAGGUUGGCUUUCAAGGAGCAAUUGUAGGUCAUGUAGAUACGAAUAUGCUUCCUUAUGGCCUUCCUGCAGGUAUUGAACCUAAGGAUUGGGAUAACUUUCACACUCUUAUUGUGACCGAUGAGAUUGCACGCUGUGGAUCUGGCGGUUUUCUUUGGGCGUUAUGUGGCGGUUUAGCCAUUGGUCUUCCUCCAAUUUUGCAUUUUGGAUCUCAGUUCCUUAAAGACAAGGUAGUUAAAGACUGCUUAUCUGGUACGAAGAUGAUUUGUCUUGCAAUCACCGAGCCUUCAGGUGGGUCCGAUGUUGCAGGUCUGCAAUGUGAAGCCAAAGACAUGGGUGAUCAUUAUUUACUUAAUGGCGAAAAGAAAUGGAUUACCAAUGGUGUCUUUGCCGAUUACUUUACGGUUGCUUGCAGAACUGGAGGACCUGGUUUUGGAGGUAUAUCGUUCUUGUUGGUUGAGCGCGAAAUGCCUGGUGUUGCUACUAAACAGAUGCUGUGUAGUGGUGUUUGGCCAUCAGGUACAGCAUAUGUUACCUUCGAGGAUGUCAAGGUACCCAAGGAGAACUUGAUUGGCAAAGAAAAUAAGGGUUUCAAAUACAUCAUGUGGAAUUUUAAUAGCGAAAGAUUGGGUAUCAUUAUGCAAGCAAACCGUUUCGCGAGAGUUUGCGUUGAGGAGUCUAUCAAGUAUGCCAACAAGAGAGAAACAUUUGGCAAAAAGUUAAUCGACCAUCCUGUUAUUCGUAACAAGAUAGCUCACAUGAUCAGACAAGUUGAAGCUACUCAUGCUUGGAUGGAAUCAUUGACAUAUCAAACCACAAAAAUCCCUCCUCACUUGUUGCCUUUGCGAUUGGGUGGUCCAAUUGCAUUGUGCAAAGCACAAGCUACACAAACAUUUGAGUUUUGUGCUCGCGAGGCAGCCCAAAUAUUUGGCGGCCUAUCAUACACACGGGGAGGACAGGGUGAAAAAAUUGAGCGUUUAUACAGAGAAGUCCGAGCAUAUGCUAUCCCAGGAGGCUCUGAAGAAAUCAUGCUAGAUUUGGGAGUACGACAAUCCAUGAAGAUUGCUACCUUCAUGGGUGCCAAGAUGUGAUAUGCUUGAGCUUGUGUGACUAUUGACCAACAUUUUAUCUCCUGAAAUAAAAAUUAGCAUUUUCAUUUU